AAUUUGAAUCAUUAAAUGAAUAGGAGUUUUAAUGAUGAUGAUGAGACUUUAACAUUGGAAGAGGAAAUCAUGGAGGACUAUUCUCCUACAAAGCAAGGUUAAAGUGAUGUAAUAAUUAGAAAUUCGCGAAUAUGCAAUUCAUUUAGGGAUGAAUUUACCUGAUGACAAUAAAUAUUUGGAUAUUGCAGAGGCAGGUCUGAAGGCCAAGUUACCUGACGAAUGGAAGAUUUGUUCUAAGAAGAUUAAUGGAAUCGAUUAAGUUUACUAUAAAAAUAGGAAGAGUGGGGAAAUUAUUUAUGAUCACCCUUGCGAUAUGAUUUAUUCAAAGAAAUAUGAGGAAGCUAAAUAGAUUGAUCUUCAAAAUCAGAAGAAAAAAGUAUUUUGAAUAUUUUAUGGCAGAAAUCGACUGGGAUUAAUAAAUUCAAAAAUGAUAUUGAAAAAUAUAGGGUAUAAAAUGCUUAGGAUGGAGAUGAUGAUACUGAAGCUAUGAUGAUGAACUCUAAUGAGUAUUACUAAAAUAAAGGCUAUGUGAUGCAAAAUCCAAUGUAGCCAUCGGCAACUCAGAAUUUAUUAUCCCAAGUUGAUUAAGAGUUCGCUUAUUAAGCACAAGAAUAUGAGGAGGAGAAGAAGAAGGAUGUAAAUAAGUUGAAGGAGGAAAACAAGCUGAAAUUGAAUAAAAUGGAGAUGAUAUUGAUGAACGAGGCAGAUCCUGAUUUAUUUGGAUUGAAGGAAGAAUUCGAAAGACAGAAGGAGAAUUUGGUUAAGAAUUAUGAGGAGAAGAAGAAGAAGGUCAAAAGAAAAGUGGAGGAUGAAAUUGAGUAGAGCAUAAACAACCAGAAGAAUAUAUAAUAAAAAUAAUUAGAACACAAUUUGGAGAAUUAUGAGUAUGAGCAAGAGAGAUCAAUGAAGAAUAAAUUAAGAAUGUUGGAGUAGGAAUUGCAGGGACAAUAAAAAGACAUAGUCAGAAGAAUUAACCAAAGAUAGAAGGAGUUGUCUGAAUCAGAUUCCAAAUGGAUGAAAUAAAUAUAGGAGAAGAAAAAGAAUGUUGAAAAUCAAUUUAAUAAAUACAAAAAGGAAUACAAUUAAGAAAUUUAUUAAAAGGUUUAGGAAAUAGAUCAAGAGAAUUUGAGAAGAUUAAGAUCAGAGUAGGAGGCUAUUAAGAGGAAAUUAACGAACGAAUUUGAUAAAGUUAAGAGAGAAUACAAAUUUGAAAUAGUAGAUCUAUAGGAGGAAAAUUAGAGAAUGAUAAGAUCAAUCAAGGAGGAGAUGAGAAGUCAAUAUGAUCCAAAAUUUAGUUAAAGUUAAUUAACAUUUAAUGAUUAAUUGUAAAAUAUUGAAUUGAGUGAAUCUCAGAUCUUAUAGUCUUAAAUAUUUGAAUAUAAGAAUAUAGAUAUUGAAUAGAAAAAGUAAGAGAACGCUAAAAGGAUUGCUUAAUAAAAUGAGAAGUUAACUUAACAGUUACAAAAUUAACUCAUAAAUUUUGAAGUCUAAAAGAAAGAGAAAUAUCAGGAAAUGAAAAGAAUGCUUGAGGAAACGUAAAGGGUGAAGUUAGAGAAGAUUUCAAAGGAUUACGAGAAGAAGACAGGUAAAAUUUUGGGCAAUGGAAAGGAGAUUGACUUAUGCAUGGACAUUAAUUAGACAAAAAGUUUAAUAUAAGAAUUGAAAGAAGAAAUAAAAUAAAUGAAAAGAAAAAAAGGUGAAAUUGAAGAGAAAGUAGCAAGCAUGAAUGUUGUGAUUUCAAAAUAUGAUUUAUAGAAUGAAUUGAAAUAAAGGGAGGUUAUCAAAUAUGAAUUAGAUCGUUUGCAAUUUUUGGUUGAUUAAUAUAAGUUGGAUGAUAAAAAAGUUGAAAAAGAAUUAGAGUUAUUAGAAUAAUAGUUUUAGUCAAGUAUCCGAUAAAACUAAGAAUUCAAUUAGAAACAACAAAUGAUGUAAAGUAUGAUUUAAAGUUUCCAUGAAUUGAGAUAGUAAUUGGCAGCUAAUCAAAGUAUUGACAAUUCAAAGUACUAGAGCAACAUGUUUAGAUAAACAGGACCUUAGUAUUUUGGAACAGAAAUCAAUAUUUAAAAUAAUUUGUCAAUGAAUUAAAGUGUAGUGAUAGAAGAGAAUGUCUCAUAAAUGUAAUUAUAUUUCUAAAUGACUUAGGCGGAAAUGGAAACUAAUACUAUUGGAUGAAAGGGUUGCUUUGAAUAGAGAAAAACAAUUAUAUCUGACUAAUAAAGAGAAAAUAAAUCACAUGAAGAAAAAGUUUUUAGUUGACUCUGAACAACUGAGGUCUCAACUUUUGUUAGCUUAACAAUUUGAUUAGAACAAUAGGAAGAAAGAUUUAAUAAGGAAACUCAAAUCAGAAAUGGAAGACUAAUAAAGUAAGAUUGCUAAAGAUACAGAGAAAUCAGAUAAUUGGAGAUUAAUAAUAUUAUAGAGGGCCAGGAUCUUAGACUAGAUGGAAAUAAAUAUAAAUGAUGAAAAUCCUCAAUCGUCAUUAUUAUAUUCUCUAGAACAAUUAUAUCGGCUAUAUAUUUAAAUGGGAGAAAUCGACUUAAAUGAUUAUAUACAAGAAUAGUCAAUCUCGAAAAUGAAUUAACCAUAUGAUAACUAAAAAUAAGCAGAGUCCUCUUAACAAGCGAUAUAAGAUAGAAGUUAAGAAUAGUAGGAUCAAUUAGCAAAGCAAUUAAUAAUAUAAAAAGAAGAGUUGUAAAAUUAAAAGAACAAGGUUAUUGUUAAUAAAUAUUUUAGAUUCAUAGCACUUAUCCUUAGAGUAUAGAUGCCAAGGAAAGGUUGCUAAGGUAUUAAGAAUUUAUACAACAAAAGGUUUGA